UUACAGUGAUGAAUAGAGAAGUAUUUUUGUUUUACAUCAACUUGGGUGAGUGUAAGACAUUUUAAUUGAAUUUCUUUUUAAUAAUUUAUAGUAUGUAGUUUGAAUAUAAGUGAAGUGGGAUAUUCUGUGUGUAAUGUGUAGAAAUGGUUUAUCCAUGUCUUUGUCUUUGAUCCAUUUUGUUUGUUUGCUUUGACAGUUUGUGCUUUUACCAAACCAAACGUAAUCCAACCAACCCCUGUGAUGGUUACUGAGUUGGGAGGCACUGUGACUCUCACUUGCUUUUGUCCCAACGUGUCUGUGACCAGGUUUGAUUGGUUCAAGCAGAGUUUUGGACAGAAACCCCUCCGCAUGGCAUCAUCUCUUUAUGUUGGCCAAGACAGUUAUUAUUCCAACAACUUUGUCAAGGACUUUCCUGAGACCAAACGUUUGGGUGUGAGGAGAGGAGACUACAGCUAUAACUUGACCAUAUCCAAGACAGAGCCAGGGGACUCAGCUACAUACUAUUGUUCCAUUACAGCCAUCUAUGAGCAAACAUUUGGAGAGGGAACUGUUUUAAUUGUCAAAGGUAACACAAUGUCUUUCUUCAAUUUCAAAUUGUGUGGCCCUGUAUGUUGAUAUGUUCGUUCAACUGCUUCAUCAAAUGCUAGUGAUGAUUACAUGGCUUUUCAUGUUUUUCACCCACUUAGUCUUAAUUUAGUUACUCACUCUCUUCAGACUCAGAGUCCAACAGCAUGUCUGUACUCCAGCAGCCUGUGUCUAAAUCAGUCCAGCCAGGAGAUUCUGUGACUCUGAACUGUACAAUACACACUGAGACCUGUGUAGGAGAACAAAGUGUCUACUGGUUCAGACAUGGCUCAGGAGAAUCCCAUCCAGGAAUCAUUUACACCCAUGGAGACAGGAGUGAUCAGUGUGAGAAGUUCCCUAACGCUGGGUCUCCUACACAGAGCUGUGUCUACAACCUCCCCAAGAGGAACCUCAGCCUCUCUGAUGCUGGGACUUACUACUGUGCUGUGGCCUCAUGUGGGGAGAUAUUGUUUGGGAACGGGACCAAGCUGGACAUUGACCGUAAGUGAUACUUCUGACAUUCUGUUAUAUUAUAAUCUAUAUAAUCAAUGUUAUUUAGGUUGCAGGCAAGGUAUCAUUCAGAUACUUCAGUUUUUGUAUAUCAUUGAGAUAUCUUUGCUUUCUUAUAUCCUUCAGAUAUCUUAGUUUUUCUAUAUCCUUCAGAUAUAUUUGUAUCUGAGAGAAGAAAGUAUGACAGGUAGAGUCUUGUUGGUGUCUUAAACAUUGUCAUAGCUUUAUCCCUCAGUGUCUCAGUGUCUCUGUCCCUAUUUGAUAUUUCACAGAUGGUUUUAAGGAGGACCAUCUUCUGUUCAUGUACUUCCUGGGCGUAGCAUUGGGUCUGUGUGUCAUCCUCACCAUUGUCCUUACUUGUGUUUUGUACAAGAUGAGCAAGUGCACAGGUAAGCAAUAUUAUUGUGCAAGAUACAGUAUGCUUAUCAAUUGUUGGUGCAGUUACAUUAUUUGACAUGUUUUGGUUAAAAUUGGUCAUAAAGGCUCUUCAUUGUUUGGUAAUGAUUAUUAUAUUGAUUAAUGUGUUUGAUUAAAAGGAACGCAACCUCAGCCAAGUGCUCCUGCAGUCCCCAGUCAUUAUAACCAGGUAACCUGACCUGUAUUUUUCCUUCAAUCAAAAUAUGAAAAUAUGUGUUUUAUUAGAAGGAUUGUUUCACUAUACCGAAAUAUUUAGUCUGAUACCAAAUAUUUGGAUUGACAUUUUUGCUAUACCUCUCAGGAUCAAGAGGCUGAGACUCUCCAUUACGCCGCUCUGAACGUCGUCCAAAAGAAACUGAAGGCCGGGAGACAGAGGAACGCCAUGGAGAGAGACACUGUGUACUCUGGGGUGAGACGCCAAAACAUGGACUGAAAUGUCAACUUUUCCUUUUUAAUAACUUGCAUUGAUUCUGUGUUCUCUACACUGUAUGUAUGACUGUGGCUUUUUCAUUGUAAUAUACAAUUACUUGUAUUUUGUAAACCUCCUUUUUACAUUGAUAUUUUUGUUCAAUUUGGAACAAAUAAAACAUUCAAAUGCUUUCAUAUACAGGUAUUGUUUUGAUUUUCAUUCAUAUUUUUAUCCUUACAUUUCUACAACACUUUCACCCACAUAUUCACUGUGCAACAACCAUAUCAAGCCUAUGCUCAAUGUAAAGAAGAUGGUUGGCUGCAUAAUAACUGUAAAUAUGUAUCUAUUGCUGGUGUUUUAGCCUGUCAAGGUGUCUUCAUUUAGCUGUAUCCUGUUUCACAGCUCUCUGUGGUGUUCUGACUUCCCUAAAUAGAUUUUCCACUCACGUAAACUCAACUCUAACCCCCAGCAAUGACCGUCAGUCCUCACCACACUCUCUUUUCACACACCAUCAAAACCACAAACAUCCAUGUCACUGAGAGCACAACUCUCUCUCUCUCUCCAUAAGAAAAGACUGAACUAAAAAUAAACUUCUUAUCUGAAUAUACUUUGAACAGAAUUGAUAUGGUUGAAUGACUGAUUUUCAAUAUGACAAUGUUCACAUAGUAACUGAGCAGUUUUCACAAACUAUUGACAAAAUGUGAAUAUGUAUAAGUGCACCUUGCAGGACUGCAAUCCAUUUGUCUUUCAACAGGGAGCAGCAGUGUACAUGGAAGUCCCCAGUUGGCAGCAACAUGUAGUUGUCAAAAUGUUCAAAAUGUUCACUAAUUUGAUGAAGUAUCAUAGACAACUUGCCUUCCUGUGAUAGUUCAUGUGUCUAGCCGAAAUAGCAGUCAAACAAAUGCCAAAAAAGACAAUGUGUGGCUAUGAAGAAUCUAUAACAAGGUAAUAUAGUUAUUAAAUGCUUAUUACACAUCUAUAACAUGUUAUAAAUAAUUUCCAGUUGCUUUAAGUAGAAACCACCUAAAAAGCCAGGCAGUCAUCAUCACUGGAUCAUUACUACUAACCUCAACAUAGUUAUAAUAAAGUGUAACUUAGUAACAAGGAGCAACAAUCACUCAAAAUGGAAACAGGUACAGAGUGAUCUGUAUGAUGAAGACAAUGACUCGUGUGUUUGAGUGUGUAGUUUUGUCAUUGAGUUCCAGAUAGUCUUUGCAUAAGUAAACCUUUUUUUCAAGUCAUAUCCUCUGAAAUGUCUUGACCUUCUUUUAGAUGUGUUGAUAACAUGACUCUCACAUACACCCACACACAUCUAACAAGUUCACAGGUACUUGCGGUCUGCUCUAAGUACAAGGCCAUAUCUAGGCGUUGGUCAGGCCUGCUGGCAUUGCACACACAGGACCCUCCUAUCUGCUCUCUGUGUCUCUGUGGUUUUCAGCAGGAUGUCUAUCUGGUGUCAGUCUGUUGUUUUCACAUUUGUUAAUGUUGUUCAUUUUCCUACUGAAAGCUAGCAGUCACAGCAAACCGGUUCUUUAUCAACUUACUCGGAUGUACAUAGUUAUCUGAAAUCAGUUACAAACCACAAAGAACUGCUAAUGAACUCCAUGUGAUCUCUCCGAGUUAAGCAUCUUAUGUUGUGUAAUACAGAACCAUCUAUUCUAUAUCUAUGGGCUCAGGGGGAGGGGCCAUUUUAUGAUGAUGUCAUGGGAGAACUAGUAUAUUCUCAAUCAGACAAGUGUUCUAGGACUACUGCAGGGUUCCAAUAGAGACCAAUAGAGGAGGAUCCUCCUUCUGAUAGAUUGCCUCCUAUGAGAACCUCACUAACCAGAGAGUGAUGCAGAGUGGAUAAAGUGUGUCAUGUGUAUUGGUUAUGUUUUUAUUUAUUUUUAUUUAUUUCACCUUUAUUUAACCAGGUAAACCAGUUGAGAACAAGUUCUCAUUUACAACUGCAACCUGGCCAAGAUAAAGCAAAGCAGUGCGCUAAAAACAACAACACAGAGUUACAUAUGGGGUAAAACAACACAUAAAGUCAAAAAUACAACAGAAAAUAUAUAUACAGUGUGUGCAAAUGUAGCAAGUUAUGGAGGUAAGGCAAUAAAUAGGCCAUAGUGCAAAAUAAUUACAAUUAGUAUUAACACUGGAAUGAUAGAUGUGCAAGAGGUGAUGUGCGAAUAGAGAUACUGGGGUGCAAAUGAGCAAAAUAAAUAACAAUAUGGGGAUGAGGUAGUUGGGUGGGCUAAUUUCAGAUGGGCUGUGUACAGGUGCAGUGAUCGGUAAGGUGCUCUGACAACUGAUGCUUCAAGUUAGUGAGGGAGAUAAGAGUCUCCAGUUUCAGAGAUUUUUGCAGUUCGUUCCAGUCAUUGGCAGCAGAGAACUGGAAAGAAUGGCGGCCAAAGGAGGUGUUGGCUUUGGGGAUGACCAGUGAGAUAUACCUGCUGGAGCGCAUACUACGGGUGGGCGUUGCUAUGGUGACCAAUGAGCUAAGAUAAGGUGGGGAUUUGCCUAUCAGUGAUUUAUAGAUGGCUUGGAGCCAGUGGGUUUGGCGACGAAUAUGUAGUGAGGACCAGCCAACAAGAGUGUACAGGUCACAGUGGUGGGUAGUGUAUGGGGCUUUGGAGACAAAACGGAUGGCACUGUGAUAGAAUACCUCCAAUUUGCUGAGUAGAGUGUUGGAGGCUAUUUUGUAAAUGACAUCGCCGAAGUCAAGGAUCGGCAGGAUAGUCAGUUUUACGAGGGCAUGUUUGGCAGCAUGAGUGAAGGAGGCUUUGUUGUGAAAUGGGAAGCCAAUUCUAGAUUUAACUUUGGAUUGGAGAUGCUUAAUAUGAGUCUGGAAGGAGAGUUUACAGUCUAACCAGACACUUAGGUAUUUGUAGUUGUCCACAUACUCUAGGUCAGACCCGCCGAGAGUAGUGAUUCUAGUCGGGUGGGCGGGUGCCAGCAGCGUUCGAUUGAAGAGCAUGCAUUUAGUUUUACUUGUGUUUAAGAGCAGUUGGAGGCUAUGGAAGGAGUGUUGUAUGGCAUUGAAUCUCGUUUGGAGGUUUGUUAACACAGUGUCCAAUGAUGGGCCAGAUGUAUACAAAAUGGUGUCGUAUGCGUAGAGGUGGACUUGAGAAUCACCAGCAGCAAGAGCGACAUCAUUGAUAUACACAGAGAAAAGAGUCGGCCCGAGAAUUGAACCCUGUGGCACCCCCAAAGAGACUGUCAUAGGUCCAGACAACAGGCCCUCCGAUUUGACACAUUUAACUCUAUCUGAGAAGUAGUUGGUGAACCAGGCGAGGCAGUCAUUUGAGAAACCAAGGCUAUUUAGUCUGCCAAUAAGAAUGCGGUGGUUGACAGAGUCGAAAGCCUUGACCAGGUCGAUGAAGACGGCUGCACAGUACUGUCUAUUAUCGAUUGCGGUUAUAAUAUCGUUUAGGACCUUGAGCGUGGCUGAGGUGCACCCAUGACCAGCUCGGAAACCGGAUUGCAUAGCAGAGAAGGUACGGUGUGAUUCGAAAUGGACGGUGAUCUGUUUGUUAACUUUGCUUUCAAAAACGUUUGAAAGGCAGGGCAGGAUGGAUAUAGGUCUGUAACAGUUUGGAUCUAGAGUGUCACCCCCUUUGAAGAGGGGGAUGACCGUGGCAGCUUUCCAAUCUCUGGGGAUCUCAGACGUUAUGAAAGAGAGGUUGAACAGGCUGGGGUGUCCAAUCAGUCAUGCAGUCGCAGGUGUUACACUUCAGUUAGUGCAUGUUUAUGUGAAUGAUAGGGAAUGAGACCGACAUACAAUUUACUUCUUUCAUUCGAUCGUUGUUUAUCCCAUAUACACUUCCACAGCUCUACCCCUUUUCACCCUUAUACAUUUACAUGUUAGUCAUUUAGAAGAUGCUCUUAUCCAGAGCAACUUACCGGAGCAAGUAGGGUUAAGUGCCUUGCGCAAGGCCACAUCCAUUGAUUUUUCACCUAGUCGGCUCGGGGAUUCGAACCAGCGACCUUUCGGUUACUGUCCCAAUGCUCUUAACUGCAAGACAAGACAUGUUCAAUGUAUAACAACCUUCCUAUGGGUCAUCUGGAGUACUGUAACCACUGAAUGACCUGUUCAAAAUAAUAAUAAUUUUAUUUCAAAUAAUUUAGGUACACUUGGUUUUGCUGGUCUUCUGCAAUGGAGGCAAGAUAAAUCAAGUGUAACUAAAGUAAGUAUGAGGAAACAAAUAGUCUACUAUUUUGACCCAGUGUUCUCCAGAGAGGUGAGAAAACUAAUAGUCUACUAUUUUGACCCAGGGUUCUCCAGAGAGGUGAGGAAACUAAUAGUCUACUAUUUUGACCCAGUGUUCUCCAGAGAGGUGAGAAAACUAAUAGUCUACUAUUUUGACCCAGUGUUCUCCAGAGAGGUGAGAAAACUAAUAGUCUACUAUUUUGACCCAGGGUUCUCCAGAGAGGUGAGAAAACCACAAACCACCAAACAAGUAAAAAACUUCAAGACAGUUACUUACAUUCUACAGCAUCCUGUGUCUCAGUGAGUCCAGCCAGUAGACUGUGUGACUCUGUAGGGUGCAAUAGACCACAAGACCAUGGUCAUCUGAAUCAGGCGUUAACAAAGAAGAUUGAGUCCAGUUCAACCAAUCACCCAUUAGCCCAUUGUUGAAGUGUUGUACACACGGGUAGACUUUCUCCACCCAAGACGGUAUAUUCAAAGAUCGUGUCACUGUUUAUAAUAUUUAUAAUUCUCAAACAAAUUGGUAAGAUAUAUAACUUUACCAAGGACUUCAAUGGGACUAAACGUCUGAGUGUGAAGAGAGAACAUCUCCAAGACCCAGUUAGGGGACUCAGCUACAUACUACUGCGGUGCUAUUGAAGUGGGCAAAGUCAAAUUUGGAGAAGGGGCUGUUUUGAUUGUAAAGGUAACCUGACUUAGCUUUUUUAUUUGGGAUUUUCAUUUUGCAUCCAAGAAAUUCUAAAUAUGUAAGAAAUUGUCGAUAAAUACAUCUAGCAGGCCAAAACAAUUGACACAACAUGAUCUUAAUAUGUCACUCUUUUCAGAUUUAGAGUCCAACAGCAUGUCUGUUGCACAGUAGCCUUUGUCUGAGUCAGUCCAGCCAGGAGACUCUGUGACUCUAAACUGUACAAUACACACUGAGACCUGUGUAGGACAACAUAUUGUCUAUUGGUUCAGACAUGGCUCAGGAGAAUCCCGUCCAGGAAUCAUUUACACCCAUGGAGACAGGCGUGAUCAGCGUGAGAAGAGCUCUGAGUCUGGAUCUCCUACACAGAUCUUCGUCUACAACCUCCCCAAGAAGAUCCUCAACCUCUCUGAUGCUGGGACCUACUACUGUGCUGUGGCCUCAUGUGGGGAGAUACUGUUUGGGAACGGGACCAACCUAGAUGUUGAGUGUGGUCACUCUGAUCAUCCACAGAUGAGAAUCCUUGUCCUUCUCUCCAUCAUAAGAACUGGAGUUCUCAUCUGCUGUCUGACCAUCUUCAUCAUCAUCUAUACCACCAGGAAACAGAUAAAUCUAAUACAUAUUUCGAUAGACUUUGGUUUUGCAGUAAAUGUUGGAAAUAUCAUCACUAUGUUUUGGGAAUGAGUAUUUAUUGAGAUUACUGAGUUGUUUCAUAUUGCAUUUUUUAAAUGAAUGGCCUGUGACCUUGUAUAAAAAGUUGUAUGUCAGUUGAUAAAAUUGCUCUCCUGAAAUCUCUGUAUAUGUUGCUUCUUUUAGCAUCAAUAAAUAUCAAUUUAAACAACUGCUACUGACUAAAAUAGACUUGUUCCUUCUCUUGUGUUCUGUACAUAGAGUAUGUCUGUAUGAAUGUGUGCAGAGGGCUUCUGCAGACCCAACCUACUGAUAAAUGCUAAACCCACCCAUGCUUGCACCCGCACAGCGAGCUGUUCACAGGUACCUCCACACUGUGGUCUGCUGUGAGCACAAAACAAGGCCGUCUCUAUGCUUUGGACAGGCCUGCUGGCCUUUUACAUACCCUGUGUCUCUAUGUGGUUUUCAGCAGGAUGUCUAUGUGGUGUCACUCUGUUUUCUCUCAUUCUUUCAUUGUUGUUCACAACCAAGACAAUUAGCAACGCAGUCCACUUAUAUACUGUAUGCCAUGUAGCCUGUAUCUUGUCACAAGAUCAUAGGUUUAAUUAGUUCAAACUACAAUCAUUUGUUUACAGAGUUUAAAGUAGAACUUGUAUCAAUGUAUGCUAGGCUACAGCCAAGAGGCCUACCCCACUAGGUACACCCCUACUAAACCCUCAACCAGUAGCCUACACUUGAGUUAGUACAUGAAUGACAGGGAUAAGACUGACUUUCACUCUGUAGGUGUUUCCCCCACAUACCCUCACAGUAAUGCUCCACCCCUGUUCACCCCACAUAUCAGGAUAUGUUCUAUGUAUAACAGUCCUCCUAUAGGUCAUCAGGAGUACUGUCUGUAACUGUUGCAUGGGGUGGAGGUACAUUUAUCUAAGGCACACAACUGAGUUUGACACCAAGAGCAUACAGGUACAUGUAUGUGUAAUGUAUGCUUGAAAAUGUACUGCAUACUUACCAGAUAACAUUAUACUUUUAACCCACUUUACUGAAGGAUAUUAACAAAUUAUUUUUACACACUGCCUCAGCAUUAGACAUCUUUGAUUCAGCUGGUACCUAAAUAGCAAGCUAUACAUUGUAUGUAAAAAUAAUCAAUUAUCAUCUAGACACCACAAAGUGUGUAUGCUUCAUCCACCCUCUAGAAAAUAUCCUAUACAGUAAGCAUUGGUUCACAUUGCAUGGAUUAUAUGAGUGAUUUUCAGUUACGAAGACCAUGGUGGGCUGAAUAAGGUGUUAACAAAAAUGACGCGUCCAGUUCGACCAAUCACCAAUAACCCCAUAGUUGAAGUGUUGUCUACAUGGGAGGACUUUUUCAACUCAAGACACAGGUUGUGAAGAGGACAACUUCAAAGAUGAUCACACUGAGUCUGUUACUGGCACUUCUUGUAGAGAUGGGUAAGUCCAACUUUUAUAUUGCUCUGCUUAAGGGAUGUACACUCAGUUACUAUAUUGAUGCAAUUCAUAGACGUAUGUUUUGGGUAUAUAAAGGACUUGUGUAAGUAAUGGAUCAUGUCUCUGUCUGUAUUCUAGCUGCUGCACAAUCCUCUGAAAUUAAUCUUGUUACAGCCAAUGUUGGAGAGACAGUGACUUUGCACUGCUUCUAUAAAGGCAACCUGGCACGGUACUUUAUGUGGUACAAGCAAACAAUGGGUGACAAUCCUCAAAUCGUAUCAACCUUUUACAAGUAUAACAAGAAUGCAACAUUUUACCAUGCAUUUAAGGGUAACACUCGCUUCUCAGUGCAAAGCGGUGAAGGAAUUAAUCACCUAAAGAUCUCAGACGUUCAGCUCUCUGAUUCAGCCACAUAUUACUGUGGAACUCUUAUGCCAACCAGGUGGAGUUUGGAGAAGGAGCCAUUCUGAUUGUGAAAGGUACAACAUCUGAAUUUAGAAUGAAAGGAAAUAGUAACUAAUGUUCUGCAACUAUAAUCUUGAGGGCUUUUUCCACAUUACGUUUUGGAUACAAUGGCUUAAUUAUGCUGUAUUUGCAUAAUCAGAAAUGAGAAUGAUUUCAAAAAUGUUAAGUUGGGACACAACAUACGGAAUAGAUUUACUGACUUAUAAACCUUCUUGUCAGGAUCAGGGUCCAGAAACAUGUCUGUGCUCCAGCAGCCUGUGUCUGAGUCAGUCCAGCCAGGAGACUCUGUGACUCUGAACUGUACAAUACACACUGAGACCUGUACAGGAGAACACAGUGUCUAUUGGUUCAGACAUGGCUCAGGAGAAUCCCUUCCAGGAAUCAUUUACACCCGUGGAGACAGGAGUGAUCAGUGUGAGAAGAGCCCUGAGGCUGGGUCUCCUACACAGAGCUGUGUCUACAACCUCCCCAAGAGGAACCUCAGCCUCUCUGAUGCUGGGACUUACUACUGUGCUGUGGCCUCAUGUGGGGAGAUACUGUUUGGGAACGGGACCAAGCUGGACAUUCAAAGUAGGUGAUACGGCUUGCAUCUUUUUAUAUAUUUUACUAAUCUACUGUGUAGAACAUACAUUUACUUGCUGUUCUGAGUGUCUUCUAUCAAUGUUUUAAUCUCCACAGGCCAUAGGGCAAUAUUACCAUCUCUGGAUGUAUCUGUAGUGGAAGAAGGGGUUGUAUCUUUAUCUUUGGGGUGUUUCUUUGGGGUGUUUCUUUUCAGGACGCCUCUCUCUGACUACUUGUCCAGCAGUCUCUUGUACGGAUGCAGGGGUAAGUAGAAUUCCUUACAUUUUAUAUUACCGUAAAAAUAUGUUUGAAAAUGUUCAUAUUGAAAAAUAACAUAUUGUAAUAUUUCCCCCUCCCCCCAUUAUAAUUGUUUCUCACAGGCCCAAGAUGCAGACAAUCUCCAUUACGUAGCUCUGAAUCUGAGAAACAAGAAGAACAGGUCUGGAAGACAGAGAAGCCAAAUGGAGGAAGAGACAGUGUAUGCUGGGAUCAGACAGUAGAACUGGAUGAAUGAAACAGUCCAAUGAAUUAGCUUUUUAUUAACUCUCACUUUAUUAACAUUAUUAGCUGAAUUACUGUAACUAAUAAUUACUGUAGCUACUUGAAUUAAGUGCCUUGCUUCUCUGCCAAACUAAUUUGAAAUGGACUUGCUUGUGAUGAGAUCAAUAAAGCAUUAAGCAGCAGUCAAGACAAAGGAAGUUGAAUGUAUUUAUUUAGGCCAACAUCAGGCAUCUUUAAAGGUGAAAUAUGCAGAAAUCGCUAGGCCAUUUCCUGGUUGCUAAAAAUCUAAUAGUUCGCCUAAUUUCAGUUUAUGUGACAAAACAAGCAAUGCAUAGUGUAACAGAAUCAUUUGAAACAUAUUUUCAAUAACCACAAAUAUUGUAUUUUCAGCUGUUUAAAACUGGUGUACAAAACCGAAAGUAAAAGAUGCAAAAACUAAACUUAAUAACUGAAAGCUGAGAAAUAGAGCCAAUAGAACAGAUCUACCGCUUCUUAGACUUGCUUUCAAUGAGAAUGAAAGAUCUAUAACUCACAUUUCUAUGUGAAUUUGUUCGGGUCGCACAAAAAGUUAUACAUUGUUGCUUUAAGAACGGGAAGCAUAGAAAUAGCGCACUUAGAACAGAACUACUGCUUAUUAGACUUGCUUUCAAUGAGAAUGACAGAUACAUAACUCCCAUUUCUAUGUGAAUUUGGUCAGGUCGCCCAAAAGUUACGCAUUGUUGCUUUAAGAACUAGAAGCAUAGAAAUAGCACACUUAGAACAGAACUACCGCUUCUUAGACUUGCAUUAAUUGAGAAUGACACAUCUAUAACUCACAUUUCUAUUGGUCAGGUUGCCCAAAAAGUUACAUAUUGCAGCUUUAUUUUGUAGUGUUAAACCGUUUUUUCUCUUCUCAUGCCACUAACACGCCCUCAAACACACAGCAACCUAUUUACAGUUACUCUGCGGUCUGUGAAGAACACAAGAUGAGGAUGUAUCUGUGCUUUGUUAGGGCCUGCUGGCUUUGUACACAGGACCCUCUGCUCUCUUUCUUUCUCUCUGUUGUUCUCUCUCUCUCUCUCUCUCCUCUCUCUCUCUCUCUCUCUCUCUCUCUCUCUCUCUCUCUCUCUCUCUCUCUCCUCUCUCUCUCUCUCUCCUCUCUCUCUCUCUCUCUCUCUGUGGUUUUCAGACGGAUGUCUCAGAACUCUUAGCUCUCUCAUACCGUAGGCUAUACUACUUGCUCUUCAAGUUGACCAUUUUAACAACAGUAAACCAACUCUUUUGAUGAGGCAGCUUAUCUAUACAUAGUCUACUGAAAUCUGUGAAAAAACACAAUGAGCUAUUUAUUAAAUCAUUUGACCUAGAUCUGUAGUUCUUAGUCAAACACAACACAGUGUUAACUGUGAAGUAUUAUCAUCACCUAUAGGCCUAGAGGAAUCUGCCUCCUCAAUAACAAAAUCAUGGGAAGGGAUUCUAUCCAUCCAAUCCAAUCGAGUGUAAGUCCUGAAUUAGAUUUUUUUUUCCGUAGAUGUUUUUUAGUGAGGUGAAGUGACUGUGUGGUGAUAGAAGCCCUAGUGGAUGACAGUGUCAUUGCAUGCACGUUCCCAACAAGUUCACAACUAUGAGUGUCUUGACGUAGACAACAGUAGCUGUAGUGAUAAAGAAUAAGGGAUGCCAAACUUGAAUGAUUAUUACUAAAUUUGUACUAAAUAUAUAAGGAUAAGAAUAUAGCUAUAAUAAAAUGUUUGUGUGUCUGAUUCAGUCCAGCCACGAGACUCUGUGACUCUGUACAAUGUGAAGAAGAUUGUCGUAACGGAAUAUGGCGUCAAAAAAAAUGAAGCGUCCAGUUCGACCAAUCAUCUGUAACUCCAUUGUUGAAGUGUUGUCUACAUAGGUUAACUUUUUCCACUCAAGACAGGUUGUGAGGAGGAUGACAUCUUCAAAGAGGAUCACACUGUUUCUGAUAUUUCCACUUCUUGUAGAGAUGGGUAAGUCCAACUUUUAUGUUUCUCUGCUUAUGUGAUGUCCGCCCUUGAUUUGGAUGCAUGAGAUAUCACAUGUAAUACUUUACAGACACUUUGAAUAUUCUAAGUUGUAUUUGGGGUAUGUAACAGCAAAUAUGUUGUAUUGUUCAUGUUCUUUAAUACAUGUGGUAGCUGGUACUGAGUCCUCAUCCAUACUUCAGGACAGUGGACUCAUAUCAGCCAACGUUGGAGACGCCGUGAUUGUGCACUGCUUCUAUGAAGGCGACAUGGCCAUGCAUUUCUCCUGGUACAAGCAACCCUUGAGAGAUAAGCUUCAACUCUUAUCAACCGUCUAUAAGUUUGACAGGAACACAACAUUUUACCAUGAGUUUAAGGAUAACCCUCGCUUCUCAGUGGAAAAUGGCCAACAAAAGAAUCACCUAAGGAUCUCAGACAUGCAGCUCUCUGAUUCAGGCACAUACUACUGUGGAAGUGCUUAUGGCAACAAGGUGGAGUUUGGAGAAGGAGACAUUCUCAUAGUAAAAGGUAAUUAUCUAAUAUGAUGAAAUGUUGAGUUUGAAAACAUUCUACAGUAAUAUUCUAUAGAUUCACUGGGUUUAUUGAACUUCUUGUCAGGAUCAGGGUCCAGAAACAUGUCUGUGCUCCAGCAGCCUGUGUCUGAGUCUGUCCAGCCAGGAGACUCUGUGACUCUGAACUGUACAAUACACACUGAGACCUGUGUAGGAGAACACAGUGUCUAUUGGUUCAGACAUGGCUCAGGAGUAUCCCGUCCAGGAAUCAUUUACACCCAUGGAGACAGGAGUGAUCAGUGUGAGAAGAGCCCUGAGGCUGGGUCUCCCACACAGAGCUGUGUCUACAACCUCCCCAAGAGGAACCUCAGCCUCUCUGAUGCUGGGACUUACUACUGUGCUGUGGCAUCAUGUGGGGAAAUACUGUUUGGGAACGGGACCAAGCUGGACAUUCAAGGUAAAACCCACUUAAUCUGUUAAUAUCCCCAACAAUACCGUAUAUUCGUGCAAACGGCCUACCUCCAAAUGAUCAUAUCCUUUUUUCUCAACAAGCUUUAUAAUAACACCAUUAGCUUUUGAUGCCAUAUUUUACUGUUUGAUGAUCUUCCUAACCACUCAUGAAUACAAUAUGAAUACCCUGAUACCCUUUCCACAGUUUCAGAGCAUGAUCCUCCAUUUGAUCAGAGUCCUACUGUUCUGGCCUUGGUCGUCUCCAACAUCGUUCUGGGGAUAGUGACCCUUCUACUUGUCUGGGCGCUGUGCAAGACUCGGAACAGAGAUAGCAGAGGUAUUACUUUAUAUCUAAUGUAUCCAAUGUAUCUAACGUUAUAGCUGAUGUAUCUAAUGUUUCAUGCAUCUCUAUGCGAUGUACCUUCUGUAAAUAUCAGUUAAAUAACCAAAGUAUAAGCAUUGUUAAUUAACUACAUGUUGUUAAAAAGAGAUAGAUUGUCAUUAAAAUAAUAGCUGGCCUUCCUCUAUUUCAAUCUCUUUGAAGGGAGGACAGAUGUCCCAACAUCCCAGGGCAAUCAGGUACAUUUGUCAACAUUUAUAAAUACAGUAUAUUUUCAAGAAACUGCCAUUUAAUUUUCCUUACAGCUAAUAUUCAGCUUAUUUGUGCUUUUUAUGUUAUGAAGCUUUCUUGGAAGCCUACUAGAUGUAGCCUUCUGAUCUUUGUGAUCGUUGUUAAUUUUUCCAUGGAACUUCUGCCUGUCACUGUUCCACUGACUGUCAGGUCAUUGUAGUGGGUGUACAGUCUGAACAGUCAUGUCUUUUGUGGAGUGUUUUCUUCCACAGGAGAAUAGAAACAUUAUAUAGUAGAUCAUGCUAUCAUCAUAAUGUAUUUUCUCAUGGCUCCACCCCCCUCAGAAUCAAGACAGUGAUGUGUUGAACUAUGCAGCUGUGAGUUUCACCCCCAAGAAGAACUCCUCCUCCUCUAGAAGAGCAAGAGAGAAGACCAGCAGAGAGGAUGCAGUGUACUCUGAGGUCAGAUACCUGCAGCAGCAGUGAGAGGUAUCACCACUGUCACAAAGACUCCAAGAAGAACCAUUUAACUAUUUGUAGCCUAAUGAAACUUUUAGUAUCUGAAAUUGGUAUGGAAUUUACAAUGCAACAAAGAAACUGUUAUUUUAACAUUGUCCAUAUGCUAGAUUUAUAUAAUGAUCCUGUAAUGCCUUAAAUAGCCAUAACUUUUUACAGCUUUUUAUUGUAAGAAAUUAUCUGAUAGACAAUCCCAUUUUUGCUCUAUGACUGUGUUUU